AUGGAAUAUAAUCAUAACAAGGAUGGUUUUAGGGACUCAGAGGAGGAGAAGGACAAGCCGUACAGUAAGAUUAAGUAUGCAGGAGGUGUGAAAGCUGAGAUACUGAAGGGUUUGAUCAAUGGAAACAUCAAAGAAGAGAAGAUGAUCAAGAGAAUGGUUAUUGCCAAGUCAUGGUUAGCGAGGUCCAAACUCUGGGCUGUUAGACUCACCACCAUGGUCCUCAUGUGGGCUAUUGUCAUGCAGCUCAAAGCACUCUUUGCUUCCUUUGGAAUCAAAUUUGCCGGCAAUCCUUUUCCUCCUGCAAGAAUUUACCAAAACAGUGGGUAUCUUACGGUUUCAUCUAAUGGAGGAUUGAAUCAAAUGCGAUCUGGUAUAUGUGACAUGGUAGCUGUUGCAAGAUAUCUAAAUGCGACCCUUAUUGUUCCUGAGUUGGACAAUACCUCUUUUUGGAAUGAUUAUAGUCAAUUUGCGGAUAUAUUCGACGUGGAUUAUUUCAUUGGAUCUUUAAGAGACGAGGUUCGGAUAUUGAAAGAACUGCCUCCUGAGCAGAAGGCAAAAAUAGAAAGGGACUCACUUUAUUCCAUGCCUCCCAUAAGUUGGUCCAACAUGGCAUACUACUAUAAUGUGAUCCUACCUCGCUUGCACACAUAUGAAAUUGUGCAUUUCACUAAAACUGAUGCUAGGCUUGCUAAUAAUGGGAUCCCCGACGAGGUUCAAAAACUGCGCUGCCGUGCAAAUUACCACGCUCUGAGAUUGGCACCUCCAAUUGAGGCUUUGGCGAAGAAAAUCGUUGGGAUUCUUAGGGAAAAGGGCCCUUUCUUAGUCCUUCAUCUUCGGUACGAAAUGGACAUGGUGGCAUUCUCCGGGUGCAACGAAGGUUGCAAUGAAGAAGAGAUCGAUGCGUUGACAAAAAUGAGAUAUGCUUAUCCAUGGUGGAAAGAGAAGGAAAUAGAUUCCGUAGCGAAAAGAAAAGCCGGACUCUGCCCUCUUACUCCGGAGGAAACUGCACUGACAUUGCGCGCCUUGGACAUUGACCGGAACAUCCAGGUCUACAUUGCUGCUGGAGAAAUUUACAAGGCAGAAAAGAGAAUGAAAGCUCUUAAAGAAGCUUUUCCAAACUUGGUUAGGAAGGAGACAUUGUUGCCACCCUCAGACUUGGAUCCAUUCCGAAACCAUUCGAACCGUAUGGCGGCGUUAGAUUAUUACGUCUCCAUAGAAAGUGAUAUCUUUGUUCCUACUUAUGGAGGAAACAUGGCAAAAGUUGUUGAAGGCCACAGAAGAUACUUGGGGUUCAAGAAAACCAUACUUCCAGACAGAAAAGUGCUAGUAGCGCUGAUAGACUACUACAACAAUGGGACUAUUGGCUGGGAUGAGUUCUCUUUGGCUGUGAAGGCGGCUCAUAUAGAUAGAAUGGGAAAUCCAACAAAGAGAUCUGUGGUUCCUGGUAAACCAAAGGAAGAGGAUUACUUCUACACAAAUCCUCAGGAAUGUCUAUCACCUGCUGAACCUUAA